GUCCUGGUUCCCCGUGGUGGGCCGCGAUGUAACGUUCUGGAAGGUGCCAUUGUGUGCCUGUAUGGGGUGUGUCCUUCUCCUCCCCCGUAACGGCGCGAAGUCCGCCACAGCUUCCUGUGCGUCACGUCCGGCUCUCUCCCCGCCCACCAGUGUGUGUGUCCCAAAUCUAAAACCCUUAGGAGGGCUGUGGGAGGGUUCGCGGCUCUCGCCCUUGACUCUGGACCCCUCUGGGUGAAGCUGCUCGGCCCCGAGUCGGCGGCGCGGGCAAGCUGGCUGUAUCUUCCGUGGGCGUGGGCUGAGGCUCUGCAUAAACUGCAGUGGCAGCCCCAGAACUGAACCCCAUCGGGGGCCGGGGGCACGCCGUCCUGGACUCAGCCCGGGACGGUUGGCACCGGGCGCGCAGGUGGCGGGCUUCGCUGGGCUGGAUGCACAGCCUUUGCUUCCUUACUUUGCUGGAGACCAGCAUGCUGGAGUCAACAUUCACGCAGACCAGGACUGCUGCCUCUUCCUCCAGCUGUGUCUCUCUGCCUGGGCAGUUGCUUUGAUCCAUGUGGUCCGUCUUUGAGAUUCCCUCCUCGAAAGUGCCCUCAGCAUGUCAUCAGCAGCAAAAUCCCAAGUGCCGGAGGAGACAGCACCUGGCUGCGAGGAAGAGCCCAAGGGAAAAACACUUCUCACUUGGGGGUCUCUUUUUGGUCACCGGAGUGAGAAGAUUGUCUUUACAAAAGGUGAUGGCAGCCCAGAGGAGAGCCUGCUCACUGUCACCAUCACGGAGACUACUGUCAUUGAGUCGGAUCUGGGUGUGUGGAGUUCAAGGGCUCUCGUCUACCUCACACUGUGGUUCUUCUUCAGCUUCUGUACACUGUUCCUCAACAAAUACAUCCUGUCCCUGUUAGAGGGAGAGCCCAGCAUGUUAGGUGCUGUGCAGAUGCUGUCAACAACGUUAAUUGGAUGUGUUAAAAUAUUUGUUCCUUGCUGUUUAUAUCAACACAAAACCCGGCUUUCUUACCCACCCAAUUUUAUCAUGACUAUGCUCUUUGUGGGCCUCAUGAGGUUUGCAACGGUGGUUUUGGGGCUGGUCAGCCUCAAGAAUGUGGCAGUGUCCUUUGCUGAGACAGUGAAGAGCUCGGCUCCCAUUUUCACAGUGAUCAUGUCUCGGAUGAUUCUGGGGGAGUACACAGGGCUGCUGGUCAACCUGUCCCUCAUUCCAGUCAUGGGAGGACUAGCGUUGUGCACUGCCACGGAAAUAAGCUUCAACAUCCUGGGGUUUUCAGCUGCGUUAUCCACCAACAUUAUGGAUUGUUUGCAGAAUGUUUUUUCAAAAAAGCUUCUCAGUGGGGACAAAUACCGGUUCUCGGCCCCGGAACUGCAAUUCUACACCAGUGCUGCUGCUGUGGCCUUGCUGAUUCCGGCAUGGACCUUCUUCAUGGAUAUCCCUGUGAUUGGAAGGAGUGGGAAGAGCUUCAGCUAUAGCCAGGACAUCGUGCUGUUGCUGCUGACAGAUGGCGCCUUGUUUCACCUUCAGAGUGUCACUGCCUAUGCCCUGAUGGGAAAGAUCUCCCCUGUGACUUUCAGUGUCGCCAGUACUGUGAAGCACGCCUUGUCUAUCUGGCUCAGCAUCAUCGUUUUUGGAAACAAAAUUACUAGCCUGUCUGCCAUUGGCACCAUCCUUGUCACAGUGGGUGUCUUGCUCUACAACAAGGCCAGGCAGUAUCAGCAGGAGACUAUGCAGAGUCUGGUCACAGCCACCAGCCGAAACCUAGAAGAUGACACAGAGCUCCUUGUUCCCCAGGACUCUAGACAGCACCACUGAUCACCUGAUGCUGUGUAGAUCCAGGCCUAGAUGUUCCUUCUGUACUCCAUGGUGGAAGAGAGAGGAAAAUGAUGCAGGGCAGAUCUCUCCUGGAAAUCAGAUGGGGAAUUUGGGAUUCAGCUUCUGCCUAGCAGAGCACCACAGGAGGGAUCAAAUGAUCUACAGCUUCCCUGGCUGCAAGUGAACCAGUGUCUCAGUGCCCAGCCUGCACUGUGGAAUAAGCACAGGCUUCAGAAUCAUCCCGAGUUGCUGUCUGUUUGAUGCCAUCCAGGAGACCUAAACUUUUCUAUCACCACCACCACCACUACUACAGGCACGGAAGCCUCUUGGUUCUUGACAGUCUAUGAAACAGACAUUCCAGAUGCCAAUGACUCUAGCAUGGAGCCAUAAACCCAGAGUAGCAGGCAGAAUAGACAAGUUUCUCCUGCCACGGAGACAGUGCUGUGUGAAGGAGAAGUGUCUCCUCCUUGGCCUGUGCUACAUUGAACUACCCUGUUCCAGGGUUGUUGUCCCAUGUUUCUGCUACCAUUUUGUGGUUGCCCAUUCUAGGAAGUUGGCAGCAAAUUCAAACAGAUGGUCUGGAGAGCUUUUCCAUUUUAAGUAUGUGAAUGUGAAGUGGGCUAUUCUGAAUAGCACGGUUGGCUACCCUAUGAAGAUUUCCCUUCAGGAUGGAUGACAGGGAAGUUUUGAAGAGCAUUUGAAUGUUUACAGGCUAUGCUGUAGUUAAAGGGACACUGCUUUUUGACAUAGCAGAUGCCUGUAGAGGUUUCUCGAGUGUCUCCAUGUAAGGUACAUCAAAGUGUACAUGCACAACUAACUUCAUCAGGGAUCAUAUGAUGACUGCUUGAGCCACCAGGUCUCCAGAGCUUAAGGUGGAGUGGAGGACAACAGUGGGCCUUGGGUUAGGACUCUGAGGUUCUACAUUAUUCGGCAUUUUGUGAGUUGUGUGUGGGGUGCAGUCUGUUGCUAGCCAGUCUCUAAGACUCCAUUACUUACAAGCUGCAGCCACUGGCACUCCUUGUCCAGGUCUCACUGGUCCUCCCUGCUCUAAGUCUUUCGUGCACAUGGUGGUUCAAAAAGAUAUUGGGGUGAAAAAGAGCAAUAAUUAUGUCUACAUUUUAUUUACUUGAAAAAGCCAUCUGCCAUGAUGAUGGAUCAAAAUGAGGCCUUUUAAUCCAUAAGCCAACUUUUAAAAGAAGCUGAUGUGUGCUAGACAUCAGCUAGGUGUGUCUUUACUAUGCUAUGUAAGGUCACCCACCUCCAUUGUGAAGAUGUUCUCUCAUUUGACUUUGCCCAGGUUUCUAGUUCCUUCCUCUUUGCUCUUCUCAAAAUAAAGGUCCAGUGGAGGACAGAUGGCAGACGUUGGAUUAAUCUGUGUAGUAGACCUGUCUGCUCAAGAUCUGGCUGUGGAGCUGCUGAUACCGAAGAGCACGUGCUUGUGGGUAUUGGUUGGAAGAGCUCUUCUGGCCUUCCCACAGACCUUGUCUAAGUAUGCUCAGAGCUCUACAUGCCUGGCUUCUUACUAUUAUUUGGAAUUUCUGCCUGUGUCCUAUGUUUAAUUAGGAAAUGACCUAUUGUGAUUUGCUCUGGCCAUCCCUUCCCCACGUCACCAGACUCAGCUUGUUUUGAUUUUCUAAGUUUUGGGCUAGAAACAAAAACAAAGAUUUUUCUUAAAGCAAUUUUCUCUAAAGCUGAUUUGAGACUUGUCCUCAUAGGUGGAAAGAUCAUGGAAUCAGCUUCUUCCUUCAGGUCUUCCAGGACAGGGCUGGGUUGAGAAUCUUGGAACGGCCCUGUUUUGUUAUGACUAUACCAUAACAAUACAUUUUUAAUUGACUUUGUUAGUACUUUCAUAGAAUACUAUGUUCUUCAUGAAUUGUUACUGAUGUAAAUGUACAAAUAUUUGACACCACGUGUCAUUCCCUGUCCUGGAUAAUUCCUCCUGAGUUUAUGUCAUUGUCUGGUCUGUUGUAAACAGAACACUGGAUUGACUUUCUGAGCCAGCUAUCUGCUUACUCACUGCAUGCAUAGUUAAAAGAUAUACACAUUUCUAAUUUCAAAAAUACUUCUAGGAGCUACAGAGAUGGCCGAGUGGUUGUUUCUUGCUGAGGACCCAAGUUCAGUUCCCAGAACUCAUGUAGUGUUUCACCAACUUCCGAUAACUUCAGCUUUAGGGAUUCUAAUGCCUCUGGCUUCUCUGGGCAUCUGAACACGGGCUUGUGUAUGAACACACACACAUACACAUAUAUCUUAAAAA